AUGAUACAUGAUAUUUUACUUUCUUUAACAGGGUUUAUUGGGGAUAAAAUUGAAUUAGAACCCAUCGAAUUUACAAGUAACUCAAUAUCCCUGUUUAGUUAUAAAUAUAGGUUAAGACUGAAAUCUAGCGUGGAAGAUUAUUUGUCAGAAACUGAAAAACUGUUAGUUAACAAGAUUCUGCAUAUUUCUAGCGACUUCUAUUCCAUUAAUGAAUUUGUUAAAAGAGUUCAGGGUUCAGUAUACAAUAGACAUAAUAAUUACAAUUCAAAUUUGAACUCAAACUCAGCUUCCUGUUCAGAAGUUACCCAUGAGAAAAACCACCAGCUUCAAAUUAAGGCUGAUCUUAAGAAAAGAUUACUAAGAAUUAACCCUGUUGGAUUAUAUAUACACGCAAUAGCAAAAUGUAUGCAGGAAUAUAUUAUUAGAUUUCUUCAGAAAAUUAAUCAGUUAGAAAGAGAAAUUUUUGACAAUCCAAGUUUGCCUCUUACUUUUGUUUUCACAUCCAUUGCAAAACCAUCUAGAGUUUUAGAUAAAUUUAUGAAAUUCAUUGAUGAAUGGUAUAAUCUAGCUCUUAACUCUAGAGUAGAUUCUACUUGCAAGUUCUCAUUUUCAAAUAUGUUCAUUACAAUGGAAAAAUUUGAAAAUGUAUGUGAAAUAUAUAUAAGUGUUCCAUGCGGAUAUAUAUUGGAUUAUUUCUAUUUAGGAACAUCUUCAGGAGAUUUACUCCAAGAAUCAGUGAGUAGGAACUUUCUUCUAGUUUGUAGCAGAGUAUUUUGCUAUCAAAUGAUAAAUUGGAUUAUUUUGGGAAAGUUAGUUGACCCUUUUGAGGAAUUUAUUGUUGGGAGAUUUUCCAUUUCAAUUCCUAUUGAUUCUUCCAAUUCCAAAAAAGAUGACAGCUUAUCAGUAUCAUUUUCAUUCCCUUCAAAUGAUAGUUGUAUUGAGGCUCUGGACUUAGAAGAAAAUCUUUGCAAGCUUUAUUGUGAGGAGGAAGCUAUCCAUUGUGGAGUGUUUGAAUGGGAAGGACUAUUUUACACCAGAUAUGAAUCUUUUACUAAGAAGUUCUUUACAGUAAAGUUUUUAUACAAAAUCUUUGGAAUUGGAAAAAUUGUGAGACUUCUUAACAGAUAUGGAAGCAAUGAUAUUAGAGAUAGAAUGAACAAAACUGGAUUUCAAAGCUACUUAGAAGAAGUUUCCAGUAUUUUAAAUGAGUCAUUUCCGCAUAUUCAGUCACAUAUGGAGGGAUUUCUAGAGAAAUUUAGAAGAGAUGUUUCUUCCCUUAUGUAUGACUCUAUCAUUGUAAGAAAUCAGCCAGACUUUACCCAAAAAUUGGCAUUUGAAAACAUUUUUUCUCAAAACAUUAAGUUAAUUCGAAAUUUAUAUUUCCUUGGAACCUCUGAUGCUUUUCUUCAAUUAGAUAAUUCCAUUUUCUACAGGAAUAUAACCUAUGAUGACUCCCACACACGUAAUACAAAUUAUAGCGUGCAAUCCGAAUUCAUCUCGAAUGCUUGGAAAGACCUUUUAACUUUAAUCAAAUUAGGUAAUAACACUUCAAACUCACAUCAUGAUUUCUCAAACUCCAAAGUUAACCUUUGUUGCGAUACAUUUGACCUUUUCAAUUUUAAUUUAAAUGAGUUCGAAUUAAUUGACGUGUUUAAUUGUUCUUUUACAAAUGAUAAUAUACUCCAUCUUGGCGGGAAAUUUGGGAUGCAUGCAGGACAAUAUUUAAAUUCGCAGAAUGAGACAUUGGAAAAUGCAACUGAUAGAGAUAAUGAAGGUUGCAUUUCUGAAGAUUAUGGUACUGAAGAUGGUUAUUUUGGUACAGCUUAUGACGAUGUUGAUGUGAUUUCGAUGUGCAAGAUUAAAUGGCCUAUACGUAUCAUAGAUGGUUUCAACCAUAUAUUAGAAUGCGCUUCUUCUGUAAAUUUAGUUUCUUCCUUAUUACUCACAGCAUCUAGCAAAAUUCCAUUUAGUGUUGGUGGGCUUAAUAGUUCUCAGGAAGAUGGAUCAGAGCAUGACGGGGAGUUUUUAAGACUCACCUGGAGCUUUGGAUUUAAAGACAAGAAAAAACAAGUCAUGGAAUUUUGCAUUAAGUUAUACUGGCAUACAAAACAUUUGAAAUCUCUUUUGAAUACUGAAAAUGACUAUUCAAUGCUAAAGACUAACUUAAUUGAAAUCCCUAAUCCUUUUAUUAAUUUAAUGGAAGGUGACUUAUACACAUACAGACUAAGGAUUUUAUUCAAACAAUCGAACAUUUCAAUAUACAUGGAGCCAUUGAAGAAUGGUCUUGCUGGCUCAAAUUCACUUUUUGGAAGACCAACACAGGUAUUAAGUAUUCAACAUAUUAAUAUUGAUAUUUGCCUACCUUUGCAAACUUCGUCAUGUUAUAUACACUUAAUAAGACAUAAUGACUAUGAGAAAGUUCAAAAAGAGAAAGAAUUUAAGGUUAUUAAGUGGUGCCAUAUAAGUUCCUCUAAUAAUUCAGAUGUAAUUUCUCAACUAGCAAACUCUUGCAGUAUAGGUACUAUAUCAAGUACAAGCUAUAACUAUAAUUUAUUAAAUAAUGUCUCAUUGAAUUCUUAUAUAACUGGAAUUAGCUUUGACCACCAUAUCUUCAGAUUAAGAAUAGUCCAAAAAUUUGACUGGCCUUUACCACUUCUAUUUACAAAAAAGAAUAUGGAACAUUAUUACAAUCUAUUUGAUUUUUAUUGGCUAUUUUUUAGAACAUAUAAUGGACUUGAAAGGGUAUGGAGAGAAACUUUUAACCUAAGGUAUGGAAAUAGAAGAGGAACUUUUUCCUCAUUUUUUAUGGAACAUCCAGUGAAUCAUUUCUGGAAUUAUAUCUUUUAUUGUAGAUGGGUUCUGCAAGUAACUAUUGGAGAAUAUUAUUCAUUUCUUCAACAUUUUGUUGUUGACCAAAAUUUCACUGAAUUUCUUGAUAAAGUAAAGGAAGAGCGAGACUUUGAAAAUAUUAUACAAAAGCAUAAUGAUCUUGUUCAAACACUUAUUCUGAAAUCUGGGUUUCUUUUACCUUCCAUUCUAAACCCAUUGACAUCCAUCUUAAUUUUAACAAGCGAGUGGAGUCAUUCAGUUUUUCGAGAAGUAUCAAGAUGGAAUAAUUUGAGUGAAUUUAUUGAGGCUAACUACUCAUUUUCAAAUGUUGAAGAAAUUAAUUUUCCUUGGGAGAGUGAUGAGUGGCAAUCUCUUAUCAAAAAUACAAUAAGCUUUAUGAAUAACUUUAUUCUACUUUGGGAUAAUCUUUGCUCUGAAGUUUCAAUAGUUUCCAACAAUAUCCAGUACCAACACUUUAGCUUUCUUUUAUCCAUUUUUAAUAAUCACAAAUGGAAUAUUGAUAUUCCUGACCUCAACCAUCUUCAAUACAACAAUACUUUACCUUCCAAUUCUGCUAGUCCCUAUUCGGAAUAUAUUUUUGAGGAAGAAGAAUACGGAAAAGAAAAUAUAACUUAUUCUAUUGAAGGCCACUCAGAAGAUGAUGAAAGUGAAAACUACUCAGAUUUCAAAGAAGAUAAUAGCGACAACUAUUUUGAUGACCAGGAUGACUUCGAAGGUAACUACAAAGACGAACUAGAUACAUUCAGAAGUACUUUGAACGAGGAUUAUGACAAUAAUUAUGAAAGCAAUGACGAAAAUAACGACGAAAACAAUGACGAAAACAAUGACGAAAACAAUGUCGAAAACAAACAAAAUCAAUAUCCAUUAUCUAUGGUUGAUGGACUAAACAAUAACAGCUAUAUUGAUCUUCUAAGUUCCAAACUUAGUGCAACUUCUCUCAAAACAAACAAAAGUUACUAUGGUAACUAUUAG